AUGCGCUUUAUAUUAUGCGGUAGCAGUUGCAAGAGAGCUCCGGACGAAGAAGGCGACAUCCAGACCAUUGCAGAUAUUGAGCACGAGACAACUACUUCGUCUGAACAGAAUGCUGAUUCGGUAGGACCUAUCACGUCUGCACACACCGACCUCCGAAGCUCUCUCCCUCAACUCCUUCGAACCAGCCGCCAGAUACACAAUGAGGCGAGAGCACUCCUAUACAAUAACAACUGCGUUCAUGUUCACUUUGGAGAGGAGCUGCGAAUCGUUUUACCAAAAUAUCGAAAAGAAAUUCGACAUAUGGUUAUAAAUCUAUAUUACACUAACCCGUUUUUGCAUGAACCCGAACACGAAGAAGGUCGGUACUUGGAGGCAUGGCCAGAGUUGCUAAGUGGACUAUGUAGUCUGCAACUUAUUGUAAGCUGCCUGUCAUGGUAUAAUCCGGAUGAAUGGGCGGAAGUGAUGAAAAUGCACCUAGAGUUCAUCGACUUACAUAUCCCUCCACAAGUGAAGGUCGAGGUAGACACGGACGGGGACGAAUCGACCCGCCAGCUGGUAAACGACAACAUCUCAAACCUCUGCACCUUCGAGAGACUUGCUGCUGGAGAUGAGUUCUUCAAAAGAGGUGUAUUCGCUCGGAGCGACCGUGACUACGACUUGGACCUGGACUUGGACGAGCGUUCGUCUGAAGACGAUGACGAUGACGAUGACUUUAUCGAUCACAAUAACCCUUACUACCCUUUGUAUCAGUUGUUUUUGAAGUUGGAGACAAAUGAAAGCGCUUGA